GGGCCUGCGUCCGGUGUGUGUUUCUCACGGGUUUGGGAGCGUCCUCGUGUCCGGCUCCCUGACAGGGAAGAUGCCAGUGACUGGUGCUUUGGAACGCACUUUUCCUCGGCUUUUCUCCUGCCACCGCCGGAGGCCCUCUGACCGCCCAAGUGAUGUCGCCGUCGCCGCAGCGUUCUCUGCUCUCCCCACCCCCACUGGGAAACCCAAAGCCGGCCCGGUCCCUGAUUGCCUGCCGGCUUUGUGGCCCGAGUUCCUUACUUGCCUGCGCCGUCGAUAGCAUCGAGUUGAUUUUCUGCCUUUAGUGUCGAUCAGCUGCGGGAGAAAGCUAGCUACAGCCUCCCACUCAGUCACCGCAAAGAGUCAUCAGUUUUGAUGCUCAGCUGGAGUUCUGGCCUCCUUACUGAAUCAACUUUCAGAUGCUGUUGAGAGGGAAAUCGAGGCCACCAAAACAUAAGUCCUCUUUGGUUACCCUGAUCGUGGCCUGUCCAUCGUUGGCUAAUAAACGGCUUUUCAAGUUGGACCUGUUGAGACAUAGGCCUUAGAUUCCCUAGGCACUCUCUCAGAACUAUGCCUUUCCUGUUAUGGACAAUCAUUUCCCUGCUACAUUUUGGGAUGAGGCACUUCACUGGCAGUGGGAUGGAAUCAGCAUUUACUCAGGAGGGUGGCCGCAAACAUUCGGCUCUACUGCCAGAGUGAUAUUUAGUAAACUGUUUCUUGUAACAGGAGCUAUUUUGACUUAGUGGCUGUGUUUUGAUACCUUCAGUAAGAGAGAAACAUAGGAAACCUGGCAUCACGCCUCAGGGGUUCAAAAUCUUCUACCAGGGGGGAAAAAAAAAAAAAAAGCACAAACAAGCCUGAUAGCCAAACUAUGUUUAGUAACAUCUACAGGUCGAAUUUCUUUUUCUUUUUGGUUUUUCGAGACAGGGUUUUUCUGUAGCUUUAGAGCCUUGAAUUCACAGAGAUCCAUACAGGUCGAAUUUCUACGUGGAGGGAAAUAGAAUUGCUUGUACGAUGUUGGCAUCGUGGACAUGCUGAAGUGAAAUUUUAGUGACUCCCUUCAAGCCUUUCAAAGUUUCUGGAUAGCCAUGAGUAUCAGUUUUAUUUUUAUUAAGACAAAGUCUCACUAGUCUUGGCUGGCCUGGAACUAAGAUCUGCCGGCCUCUGCACCACACCCAGCCCCAGCCUGUUUUUACUGAUAAUUUUGACAAGAGUUCUAUAUUGUGAACUAGUUUUUCGUUUGCUUUAUUCUGUGUCAGUGGUGUUUUGCCUACAGGUAUGUCUGUGUGAGGGUGUCAGAAGCCCUGGAACUGGAGUUACAGACAGUUGUGAGCUGCCAUGUGGUUACUGGGAAUUGAACCCAGGUCCUCUGGAAAAGCAGCCAGUGCUUUCAGCCUCUGAGCAUCUCUCCAGCCCCAUGAACAAUUUUUUUAAAUGCUAGCUUACAACAGUUCUGUUAAUUUUAUUACUAAUUUUUCUUCAUGCCAAAGUUCAAGACCUUGAUCACCUUAAACAGUUCUUCUGCUAUAUCUGCCCAUCUUAUGUUGUAAGAAUUCAUGAUUUAUUCAGUAACUUAAAUUUAUCCCUUUGAUUCUCGUUGCAGUCUAUAAUGUUGCUUAUCUGCAAUUUUUGUUGGUGACAUAAAAAAUAAGAAGCCGGGCAGUGGUGGCGCACGCCUUUAAUUCCAGCACUCGGGAGGCAGAGGCAGGUGGAUCUCUUGUGAGUUCGAGACCAGCCUGGUCUACAAGAGCUAGUUUCAGGACAGGCUCCAAAACCACAGAGAAACCCUGUCUCGAAAAACCAAAAUAAUAAUAAUAAUAAUAGAAUUGGAUUUUUGUUAUCUCCUACUUCACGCCUACUUGAAGAACCCAAGAGUUCCGAAAUGACUAUUGACAUGUUUAUUUUGUUAAACCUAUAAAGAUUUAGGUUCAAGUUUCUGUACUUGGGUUCCAUUCUCUACAACUUGGUCUGAUAAUUUCUAUGCAGUAUGAUAUGGUAGGAACAACCCUAGGCUUAGACUAAAUAAACAUGAGACUGCCGAUAUACUGAUGCUGAGGAAAGUCUGAUAGUUUCCUUUUCUGUGACCUCAGAGAUUAUCUUUUUCUUUUCAUCUCUUAGAUAUCAUAAUAAUUACAAUUGAGGAUAAGGUAUGGUGGCAUAGACCUUUACUCCCAGCACUCAGAAGGCAGAAGCAGAUGGAUUGUUUUGAGUUUGAGGGUAGUCUACAUAGUAAGUUCCAGUCUGGCCAAGGCUAUAUGGUGAGACCCUGUCUUAAAGAAACAGAACCAAAACUACAGUUGCCAUAAUUUGUGCAGAAGCUAACAAUUGAGUCACAUAUCACAGCACAUGCCUGCAAUCCCAGCACUAGGGUGUCAGGGAAGGAGGGUCAUUACAAGUUUGAGACCCUUGUCUCACAAAACAAAAACCCAAGCCUUUUUUUUUUUUAUUUCACAAACAUUUGAAAUGCUGAUAUAUGUUGGAGACUGAUCCUAUAGCGAUAGAAGCCAGUUCCUGUCCUGAAGGGACAAUCUUUCAAGAAAUUGGUGUAUUUGUGAAUGUGUGUAAGUCGGGAUUAAGAUGGCAGGGAUAUCUAACAAGGUUGAGUGUAAUAUAAGCUAUAACAUAGGUAGGUUAGGAUGAUCACCAAGUCUAAAGGACAGAAACAGAAAAAUGUUGUCUGGAAAAGUUAUAUUUGAACAGUCUUGGGUUAUAACCAGGAUCCCCAAAGGCUUUCUAUGUUGAGGGAAGCAUGCAGACUGAAAGAUUUUAAGCAGACAUGUGGGCUGGUCACAGUUGAUUUUUAGAAGUUCAUCCUGCCUAGGAUGUCUACUUCCUGACUGUCGUGAUAAAAGUUUUGCCUUUGCACCUUCCUUUCUUUACCCAAGGAGGGGUUUAUGACUGUUCUUCAUACCUUACUUCUAUUUAUCUUUUAGUGCCCAAUUUAGUGCUUCUUUCUUCUGUGAAGCGUCCUUUGGUGUACACAUUCCAUUACCAAAAAGCAUCUUAGAAGUCAUACCAUACGGUAUAGCUCUUAUUUGUUUGGGUAGAAGCAAAUAAUGGGCAAGAGUCUCUUUAAUUAACUUGUGGUCACCAUGUCUAAGGACGAGUGUGCCAAGGCUGGCGAUAGCUCAUUUUCCUCUGAUAAACAUGCCCAGCUCAUCUUGGCCCAAAUCAACAAAAUGAGAAAUGGCCAGCGUUUCUGUGAUGUACAGUUGCAGGUCGGGAAGGAAACCUUUCACGUUCACCGGCUGGUUCUGGCUGCGAGCAGUCCAUACUUCGCAGCUUUGUUCGCUGGAGGAAUGAAAGAGUCCUCAAGAGACGUUGUACAGAUUCUAGGAGUUGAAGCUGGAAUCUUUCAGUUACUUCUAGACUUCAUUUACACAGGACUAGUGAACAUAGCUGUGAAUAAUGUUCAGGAGUUGAUUGUUGCAGCAGACAUGCUACAGUUGACUGAAGUUGUCAAUCUUUGCUGUGACUUUCUAAAAGGACAAAUUGAUCCACAGAACUGCAUUGGACUCUUCCAGUUCUCUGAGCAAAUUGCCUGCCAUGAUCUUUUGGAAUUUACAGAAAACUAUAUUCAUGUCCAUUUCUUGGAGGUUCAUAGUGGAGAAGAGUUCCUGGCACUUACGAAAGAUCAGCUAAUCAAAAUUUUACGAAGUGAGGAACUUAGUAUUGAAGAUGAAUACCAAGUCUUCUUAGCUGCAAUGCAGUGGAUUCUGAAAGACCUGGGAAAGAGAAGAAAACAUGUGGUAGAAGUGUUAGAUCCAAUUCGAUUCCCUUUAUUACCAUCUCAGAGGCUUUUAAAGUACAUAGAAGGAGUAUCUGAUUUUAAUCUUCGAGUUGCAUUGCAAACACUUCUGAAAGAAUAUUGUGAGGUCUGCAAGUCUCCCAAAGAGAACAAGUUUUGUAGUUUUCUGCAGACAUCCAAAGUUCGACCUCGGAAGAAAGCAAGAAAAUACCUGUAUGCAGUAGGUGGAUAUACACGCUUGCAGGGGGGCCGUUGGAGUGAUAGCAGAGCCCUCAGCUGUGUAGAACGCUUUGAUACGUUUAGUCAGUACUGGACCACUGUAUCUUCACUCCACCAGGCUCGAUGUGGACUUGGAGUAGCCGUUUUGGGAGGGAUGGUCUAUGCUAUUGGAGGUGAAAAGGAUUCAAUGAUUUUUGACUGUACUGAAUGCUAUGACCCAGUUACUAAACAAUGGACAACUGUUGCUUCAAUGAAUCACCCCCGCUGUGGCUUGGGAGUAUGUGUGUGCUACGGGGCUAUCUAUGCUUUGGGUGGGUGGGUUGGAGCUGAGAUUGGCAACACCAUUGAACGAUUUGAUCCUGAUGAAAAUAAAUGGGAAGUUGUUGGCAACAUGGCUGUGCCUCGCUACUAUUUUGGUUGCUGUGAAAUGCAAGGUUUAAUUUAUGUUAUUGGAGGAAUCAGCAAUGAGGGACUGGAGCUUCGUUCUUUUGAAGUUUAUGAUCCUCUUUCUAAGCGUUGGUCUCCACUUCCUCCUAUGGGGACCAGAAGAGCAUAUCUCGGGGUGGCAGCGCUCAAUGACUGCAUCUAUUCUAUUGGAGGGUGGAAUGAGACACAAGACGCUCUUCACACUGUAGAAAAGUACUCCUUUGAAGAGGAAAAGUGGGUUGAAGUUGCUUCAAUGAAAGUGCCCAGAGCAGGCAUGUGCGUUGUGGCGGUCAAUGGUCUCCUGUAUGUUUCUGGAGGCCGCUCUUCUAGCCAUGAUUUCUUGGCCCCAGGUACCUUGGACUCAGUUGAAGUUUAUAACCCUCAUUCAGAUACAUGGACAGAAAUUGGUAACAUGAUCACGAGUCGCUGUGAAGGUGGUGUUGCUGUACUAUGACACAGAAAGCAUAAAAGUACAAGUAGCAUUUGGAAAUGUAGGUUCUGACCUGUUGUAAAUCAAACUUGUAUUUGUGAUGUGGCCCUCUGAUUCUUUUGAGGAUAUGUAUUGAAUAGAUAGAUAGAUAAGAGUGAUCUUUUUCUAAAGUUUAAAUGUGAAUAGAUAUGGAAUAUAUCUUAAUAAAGAACUCAUAAGUUUGCAAAGCUUAACAACAAUAGAAAUGGUGUUUAUGCCUUACAGUUAUUCAGUUAUCAAUAUAAUCCUAAUUGUAAAAAUUGUUUGUUUAGAAACUUCUGGGAAAUAGUGCCUUUGGCUACUUCUCUAGUGCAGUUCAAAUUGUAAUAUAGCCUGUAUACAAUAAAUGAUCAUCUCUGAGACAGUUUAAAGAUUUCUAUUUUAAUUCACAACUUAGUCCAGAACAUAGUUUCCAUGCUGUGAAACCUAUAGAGAAAAGCUAGUGAAACUGUACUUCAAUGGCAGGACUUUUUACCAUCCCCAAAUAAAAGCAUUAGACUAUUAGGAAGGGCAUAUAGUAAAUAUCCAUUUGGAUUUUGUUUGUUUUUGAGACAGGGUAUCUCUACAUAGCUCUGGCUGUUCCAAAACUUUCUGCAUAGACCAAGCCUGCCUCAAAGUCACAGAGAUUUGCUUGCCUCUGCCUCCCAAGUGCUGGGAUUAAAGGUCUAUGCCUCUAUGCCACUAUGCCCAGCAUAUCUAUUUAGAUAGGUAAGCUUCUGCUUUUGAUAGUCUGAGAGAUUUUUACCAACUCCUAUUUUUUGUUUUGAUUAGAAAGUUUUAUUUUUUUAAAAUUUCUAUGUAUGUGUGUGUGUGUGUCUACUUGUCUGUGUGCACCAUGUGUAUACAGAUGCCUGCUGAGGCCAGAAGAGGAUGUAGUGUCCCCAAACUGGAGUUAAGGUGCUGUCUGAUGUGGGUGCAGGGUACUGAACCUUAGGUCCUCUGAAAGAGCAGCAAGUGCUUCUAUUUUUUGAGCCAUCUUUCUAGUCCCCCAUGAUGACAGUUGAGUUUUUAAAAAUAUGUAUGAGUUGGGGCUGGAGAGAUGGCUCUGUGGUUAAGAGCACUGACUGUUCUUCCCAGAGGACCCAGGUUCAAUUCCCAGCAUCCACAUGGCAGCUCACAACUGUCUGAAGAUCCAGUUGCAGGGGAUCUGACACCUUCACAUCAAUGCACAUAAAAUAAAGUUAAAUAAAAAUAUUUUACAAGGUAUAUAUAUGAGUAUUUUACCUGAAGUUUUGUCUGGGAUUUGGCAUUAUAGAUGGUUUUAGUGGUUGUGGUUGCUGGGGUCUUCUGGAAGAGCCAGUGUUCCUAACUGCUGAGCCGUCUCUCCAAUCUUUAGAUAAGUUCUUGAUUGAAAUAGUGUGCAAUGGGGAUCCCCAGGCAUUAUUAUGUGCUUAGAAGUUUCUUCUUUAUUUUCUAGUCACCAAGAUUAUCUAUUUAGUUUUAGGAAGAGGUGCUUUUGUUAGAUUAUUAAGCUUUGUUUAAUUUACUUGUACUUGGAUAAGCCUAUGUAAUAGCUUAGUAUAGUGCUACUGCCUGGUGGCUUGGAGAAAGAUAAAUUGUAGUUGCAACUUUUUAUGUUUUGUUUUUUGCUGGUCUUGAUUGUCUGUUUUUGUUUUGGGGAUAGUCUCACUAUGCAGCCCAAGUUAUCCUUGAACUCUCAACAGUCUUCCUGCUUCAGCCUUGGGAGUGCUGGGUAACAGGUAUGAGCCAUCAUACUUGGCUCAGUAGGUACACCUUUGAGCAUCUUUAAUCUGAAAUCAGAGAACUUUUGAAUGCUGACACCCAAUGCAAAAAAAUACUUUGAAUUUGUUUCAUUUUUUAUUUCUGAUUUUCAGAAUAGGGAUGCUCAGCUGAUAAAUGCUACAUAGUCUAAAACCUGGUGUAUUCUGAAGUCCAAAACACUUCCAAUCCCAAUCAUUUCAGAUCUUUAUCAGGGAUUUAUAUAGACAAAUAUUGUGAGUUAUAACUACCUUGAAUCUAAAACUGCUCCUGAAACUUGUUUCCCCUGAUAUCAUUCUUAAGAAUGUUUUAUACUGGGCUGGAGAGAUGGCUCAGUGAUUAAGAGCAGAUUGCUCUUCCAGAGGACCCGGGUUCAAUUCCCAGCAUCCACAUGGCAGCUCACAACUGUCUGAAGAUCCAGUUGCAAAGGAUCUGACACUUUCACACCAAUGCACAUAAAAUAAAAGUUAAAUAAACCAUAAAAAUAAAAAAAGAAUGUUUUAUACUGAAUUCUGAAGGCUGUGAUCACUGCUUUUAUUUUUGCUAGCGAGUUAAGAGCCACAUUAUUAAGGGUUUGUGUGCUUUCAGUUUAACUGGCUGCCUCAAGGUUAUGAUUUCUCAUUUAAGGUCUUUCAGUAUAUUGUUAGACACAUCAACACCUUAUUAGAUAGAAAACCUUUGAUCAGCAUUUAACUGUUAUAUAGCACAGACAGAAAGCAAUGCCUCCUUCUGUGAAAUAGCCUGAAAGUUUAAAGUUAGGAUCUAGAUGUCAGAGAAUGAAUACCAAGAGUAUUCAAGUCUAGUUAAGCUAACUCAUGUGCUCCUAUUGUUUAGAGAACGUGCUAAAACAGAUUCACAAAAUACUAGUUCAAUUCUCAUAAUUGCCCAGUACCAGACAAAAAUGGCAAGGGAUAUGAUCACACACAUAACACACAUAUGCCUGUAGCAGAAAUGAAAUAUCAAGACAUUCAGUAUUUGGUACUUAUGUAUGAUCAGCUCAGAAGUUACCUGAACAGUUAAUUAAGUGUGUAUUAUUUCCCAGCCCCCAGCCCAGGGUUUUAAGUUAAAAUUCCAGGGUGUUAGGUUAGGGAUGUAUUGCUCAGUAGCAGUGCUUUUAUAGCAUUUAUGAAGCACAGGUUCAAUUUCUAGGAGGAAAAGAAAAUCAAACAAAGCAAAGCAAUACUUUUGUCAUUAUUUUAUGUUUGAGACAGGGCCUCUCUAUGUAGCAUUGGCUGUCCUAUAACUUGUUAGUAGAUCCUCCUGCCUCUGGAUUAAGGGUGUAGUCCAAAACUCCUGGUUGUAUUUUAAAUUUUUUGUUGUUGUUGUUGUGUUGUUUUUUUAGACAGGGUCUCCAUGUGUAACCUUGAUUGUCCUGGAACU